AUGGGUUCACCAGUGAAUCGAGAUGAUAUUGCAAGAUUAGCAACAGAUUUUUAUAGUUUAUUGGAAUCAUUUAAACAAACACCAUUUUAUCAUUUAAUAUUUGAAAUUUUUUUAAUAUUAACGGUUUUGUGGCUUGUUUGUUUUCGUAAACCACGUCCUAUUGCAAAAAAAUUAACUGAAAAAGAAAAACAAGAAUUAAUCGAUGAAUGGCAACCGGAACCGUUAGUACCACCCGUUGAUACAAAUCAUCCAGCAUUAAAUGUUCGAGUUUUAGAUGGUAUUGUUGGUAAAACAAUUGAAAUAGAUGGGAGAAAAAGUCUUAAUUUUGCAACAUUUAAUUUUCUUAAUUUUGUUGGCAAUCAACGUAUUGCCGAUAAAGCUAUACAAGCUGUACAAAAAUAUGGUGUAGGUUCAUGUGGACCGCGAGGAUUCUACGGAACGAUAGAUAUUCAUUUGGAAUUAGAAGAACGUUUAGCUCGAUUUUUUAAUUUUGAAGAAGGUAUUAUUUAUUCCUAUGGAUUUUCAACUAUUGCAAGUAUCAUUCCAGCUUAUUCCAAACGUAAUGAUAUCUUAUUUGUUGAUGAGGGUAUACAUUAUGCUAUUCAAAAAGGUGUUGAAGCAUCUCGCAGUACUGUGAAAUGGUUUCGUCAUAAUGAUAUCAAUGAUCUUGAACGUUUAUUAGCUGAACAAGAUAAACAUGAUAAAAAAAAUCCGAAAAAAGCUAGUACAAUACGACGUUUUCUUAUUAUUGAAGGUUUAUAUAUGAAUUAUGGUGAUAUAUGUCCAUUACCACGUAUGGUUGAAUUAAAAUAUAAAUAUAAAUAUCGUAUAUUUAUGGAUGAAAGUGUAUCAUUUGGUACAAUAGGACAAACAGGUCGUGGUGUAACAGAAUAUCAUAAUGUUGAUCGACAAAAAAUUGAUUUAAUAUCAUCAACAUUAGAAUAUUCUGUUGGUUCAAUAGGUGGUUUUGCUGUUGGUAGUUCGUUUGUUAUUGAUCAUCAACGUUUAUCAGCACAAGGUUAUUGUUUUUCAGCAUCAUUACCACCAUUACUUGCUGCUGCCGCUAUUGAAGCAUUAAAUAUAAUGGAUGAAGAGAAUAGUGGAUUAUUUGAAACAUUAAUGGAUAAAAGUAAACGUUUACAUAAAAAAUUAUUAGAUAUUAAAGGUUAUAGAGUUCUUGGUGAAGAUAUUUCACCAUUAAAGCAUUUAAGUUUAGCAAAUUCAUUGAAUACAAUUGGACGUUUAGAAUAUAUUGUUGAAUUUGCUCAAACACGUGGUAUAACUAUAACUAUUGCAAGAUAUUUGAAUGAUGAACAUCAUUUACCAGAACCAUCAAUUCGUCUUAUAUUAAAUGUUGAAAUGACCGAUGAAGAAUUAGAAUUUCUAUGUACUGUUCUACAAGAAGCACUUGUGAAAGUAACUGCUUAA